AUAAAAGCAAACGGGAAUCCGUCGCACACACUCACAAACACACAACACGCUCUCAACAGUGACGGAUUACAGAAGACAGCAGAGAAGACUCAUUGACAGAACUGAGGGCACGACUGGAUCUAAAACGUUGCCAUCAACAUGUCAAAGGUAUUUAAGAAGACCAGCGGCAAUGGACAUAUUGCCCUGUACUUGGGCAAAAGAGACUUUGUGGACCAUGUGGAUUCAGUGGAAGUAGUUGACGGUGUUAUUAAAGUGGACCCUUCUGGUCUUAACAGCAGAAAAGUAUUUGUCUACCUUGCUUGUGCCUUCCGCUAUGGAAGCGAUGACUUGGAUGUUAUUGGGCUGUCCUUCAGGAGAGACAUCUGGAUCCAACGCGUUCAGGUAUAUCCACCUACAGGUGGAAACGCAACCAAAUCACCAAUGCAGGAAUCCCUCCUGAAGAAAGUUGGAGAGCAAGGAUAUCCUUUUUCCUUCCAGAUGCCAACAGAUCUCCCAUGCUCAGUCUCCUUACAGCCUGGGCCAAAUGAUUCUGGCAAGGCUUGUGGCGUGGACUUUGAGGUUAAAGCAUACAUUGCCAACGCACCCGACAGUGCAGAGGAAGUCAUUGAGAAGAAGGACACGUGUCGUCUGAUGAUUCGCAAAAUACAAUUUGCACCAGCUAACAACAAAGCUGGACCCAAGGCUGAUAUAACCAAGCAGUUUAUGAUGACUGACAAACCUGUUCACUUGGAGGCCUCUCUUGAAAAAGAGAUUUAUUACCACGGAGAUCCAAUCAGUGUCAAGGUAAAAAUCAACAAUGAAACCACCAAGAUUGUGAAGAAAAUCAAAGUCUCAGUUGAGCAGAUAACAAACGUGGUGCUCUACUCAUCUGACACUUACAUCAAGGCCGUCUGCUCUGAGGAGUUUGGGGAGACAGUAAACGCCAACUCUACGUUCGAGAAGUCCUUCCAAAUAACCCCCCUGCUGUCCAACAACCAAGAGAAGCGGGGUCUUUCAGUGGACGGACGGCUAAAAGAUGAGGACACCCACCUAGCAUCCACUACCCUGAGUCAAGGAGAAAAGGAGAUGCAGGGAAUCCUUGUCUCCUAUAAAGUCAAGGUCAAUCUAAUGGUGUCCAGUGGAGGCCUGCUGGGUGGCUUAACAGGAAGCGAUGUCACUGUGGAGCUUCCUCUGACUCUGAUGUCCCCAAAACCUGCAGAAGUCAAACUGGAAUAAAGGCUUCUUUAGUUCAGGUGAGGUCACCUCCAAUUCAGUAUGUUUUACAGUGUUCACUUCUUCAAGGGCUAAAAAGUAUUUUCAAUGAAAUAAAUACCCAAUUUGAACACUACAAUGUUGGAUCUAGUUCACAACAACAAAAUCAAAAGAUUGUUUCAUUUGUAAGACAAGCAGUUGCAUAAUAAAGGUUAUGAUGUCCUCUGAAAGAAGCAUAGAUGCGAUGGCCCUUGAAUGAGUGCACUGUUUCACCCUGCAGCCCCUUCACAUUUCUUUGAAAUAUUCGAAUAGAAUCAUUGUUGCUCCACCCCCAAGAUGAUUUUUUGUUAAAUCCUCCAGAAGCUACUAAUAGCAGCACGUAUGCUGAUUUGGAAAGUUGUAUUGAUGUUGAUUAAUGUAAGCAUUAGAUACAGUAUAUAGCCCAUAUUAUCCGUAUGCAAAAAGGGUAGUCUGCAUUGUGUUAAGAGUUCACAGUUGCAUGUUACAUGUUUUACCCUUGGCUGUAUGAAAUUAGAUGAAAUGCAUUUCAUGAGUUACCAUGGUAUAAUGUUGACUCAAAGAAUCAG